UGUGUCUUCGUGGAGGCCACGCCCACAGCGCUUACGUCAGAGCGGACACUGUCCAUCAACGGUUCAAGGGCGAAACUACAAUAAGGAGGGUCCGAGAUGAGGAGAGUGGUCAGAAGUAGUAGACUGACUGAAAUAUAAUUUAAACCAUGAGUCCGUCCUUCUCUCGCUGCAUCACUUGUGUGCCAUGGAAGCUGCUGUUCUGAACAUAAGGGCGGAAGAGCUGCAUGUGAGUCAGAGACCCGAAAGCACUUGAGGACCACCGUGUUUUGAUCCGUUUUUAAAGGAGCAGCGCUACUAGAGGGACUUCCUAGAAGUCAUCAUGGCGGACUCCAGCUUCAACAACCUGACAUCCCUGGCCCGGGCUCUGUCUCAACCAACGCUGGACUUGAUAGAAACAAAUGAUGUUUUCAUCACGCGAAAUGUUCAGCGGCACCCGUCUCGCAGGAGAAAGCUGUCGAGCUGCAACUCGGUAGAGACCACCGACCCGGUGACUUCACCUACGGCCGCAGAGGCGCGAGUUCUGGUCAUCAACACCGGAGGAACAAUCGGGAUGACACUUCAUGAUGACGUUCUUGCCCCAAAAGCCAAUGCUUUUGUGAAGGGCCUGCGUAAGCUGCCCAUCCUCCACGAUGAGGUGUAUGCCCAGCAGACCUGCCUGUAUGAGUACUAUGGAGAGAACACCCUGGUCCUGCCGAAGCCAGCAGCCCAUCCUGACCUGCUGUCUCUCGGACCAAGUAAAGAAAACAAGAGGAUAGUCUACACUAAUAAAAGGAUAGUCUACACUAUCUUAGAAUACAGCCCUUUGCUGGACUCUUCCAAUAUGACCACAGAUGACUGGGGUAGAAUUGGAAAGGAUAUUGAGAAAAACUAUGAAAACUAUGAUGGUUUUGUGAUUCUCCAUGGCACAGACACUAUGGCUUACACAGCUUCUGCCUUGUCCUUCAUGUGUGAACAUUUGGGCAAACCAAUCAUCCUCACAGGCUCCCAGGUGCCUAUUUAUGAGAUGAGGAAUGAUGGCAGAGACAACUUGCUAGGAGCGCUGCUAAUUGCUGGCCAAUUUGUCAUUCCUGAGGUGUGCCUGUAUUUCUACAACAAACUCUACAGAGGGAAUCGUGUGACCAAGGUGGACACUGGGAGUUUCAAUGCAUUCUCUUCUCCUAACUUGGCUCCCCUGGCCACUGCUGAAGUAGAUAUUACAAUCAACUGGGACACAGUGUGGAGGGCAAACACGACAACGAAGUUUCAAGUCAGCACUGAGCUGAACCGCAAUGUCGGCCUGCUCCGGCUCUUCCCAGGAAUCACUUCUUCUACUGUGAGGGCUUUCCUGCAGCCGCCCAUGCAGGGUGUGGUUCUGGAGACCUACGGCAGUGGAAAUGCCCCCGAUAACCGUCCUGACCUGCUGGAGGAGUUGAAGAAGGCUACAGACUCGGGUGUCAUCAUCAUCAACUGUACACAGUGUCUCAGAGGAACCGUGUCUGCCUCCUAUGCCACUGGCAAGGUGUUGAUGGAUGCAGGUCUGAUAGCUGGUGGUGACAUGACUCCAGAGGCCGCUCUGUCAAAGCUGUCCUAUGUGUUGGCCAAGGAAGACCUUAAACUAGAUGCUAGGAAAAAGAUGAUGGCUCAGAACCUUCGAGGUGAAAUGAGCACCGACUUGGUCGGAGCCAAAUUGUGUCUGAGCGACAGCCGCUUCAUCCAGGUCAUUGCCAAGUCUCUGAGCAUCAGCUGCAAGGAGGAGCUCGAAGCCAUCCGGGAUGCUCUGACUCCCCCGCUGGCUUGUGCUGCUGCUAAGAUCGGAGACAUAGAGGCCCUAGAAGCUCUGAAAGAAAUGGGCAGUAACUUGUGUCUGGGGGACUAUGAUGGACGUACACCGCUGCAUAUUGCUGCCUGUGAGGGCCAUCUCAAACUGGUGAAGUAUCUACUGAGUCAUGGAGCUUCAGUCUAUGCUAAAGAUCGUUACGGAGACACACCCCUGUGCAACGCUGUUCGCUUCAAACACAAGGAAGUUGUGAAGCUGCUCAGAAAGACUGGAGCGCAUUUCUCAAGAGAAGAGUUAGAGGAAGCAGGGACCGAGCUGUGCAGUCUGGCAGCCAGCGGUGACCUGGACGGCCUGGAAAUCUGGAGCAUUGCCGGAGCAGAUCUGAAUAAACCAGGCUAUGAUGGACAGACGGCGAUUCAAGUGGCCCAGGCUGUCGGCAAAAAGGAAGUGGUGGCGUUUUUAGUCCACUGUAUGAGCAAUAAAGCCAAGAAAGUAUUUGGUGAAUUAAAUGAGUAUGAUGAAUAUGAUGAUGAUGAUGAUGAUGAUGAUGAGAGCGGAGUGAUCGAGUUCGCGGCCACCCCAACAGGACUGUGAGCUGACGAUACUUCAACUGACAGGAACCAUCCUCUGUGUCCAUUUCCUCUGCUGCCCUCCUCUGCAGACACCGUCCUGUUUGUUUUUACACAGUUGCUUUCAGAAUGUCUGCACAUUGUGUAUAUUGUUAAAAGCUGCUUCAGUCUCUCUCUCCAAACCUGUUACGAGCACAAUAUAUUGUGUGAUCGCUGCUUUGAGUGUAUGAUGCCCAAAAAGAUAAGCACAUGUGUAUUUUGUUACUCCUUAAUGCAUGUGUGAGGAAACAUGUUACUGUGCUGAAUGUUUUAAUCACAUGCUUUAAUUACCCUGUAUGAACACGAGACUCCAUUAAUGUGAUGUUUAAUCAGAGAAUACAGGGCGAACUUCAUUUUCAAUAGCUCAAUACUGUAGCAUUACUUUAUAAAGUAGUGUUUUCUCUUCCUUUAGCAAUACAUUCAUGAUAUGUGGAAGUAGAGGGUACAUUCACAGAUUGUAUUUUUAUAGUGCAAUGCAGGAAGGUGAGGUCAUAUAAAGUAAUAAAAAUAAGGUUGUAUUUUUAUCACCUGGGAUGUUACCCAACCUUAGCACUUGUCCACUUUGGUCAAUGCAUACCUUCUGUUCCGGAAGCAAAGAUUUUCAUUUCUUUCCGCUCCGACAGGUCUUUCAAAACCCCUCGGUUACCUUUGAGACUCAGCCAGCCUGUUUGUUGUACUGAUUGUCGAGCUGGAAGCGUCACAUAUCUCUGACUUUGAAAUGGAAAGGGGAAAUCCAGACUGUUGUAUGAGCCACUGAAAGGCCUAAAACUGCGAGUUUCCGUUUGUGUGCGUUUGAAUGUCUUCUUAUAUUCUUUGCAAUCAUGAACGACUUGUGUUUUCAUCAUCUUUGUGUUAAACACUUUUGUUUGUUAUAAUUUACUUUUUUUUAAAACCAAUGCAGGGUCAAUGCAGGCAUGUGUCAAUGAAAAUGCUGUACAUUUUAAUUACUUGAAAUCAGUGUGACCUGUUUCCAGUGCUGUUAUUGUCUCACUGUUGUAUCCCCCCCCCCCCCCAAAAAAAAGUGUGAGGAAUGUUUUUCUUUUGUGGAUAAAACAGCGGAAAUAAAUCUCUUGUUUCAAAUGGA